ACGAAUGUCGACAGUAUGAGCAUAACAAAAGAAUAGACAGUAACAUAAAAAAACAUAAAGUGAUCUCAAUAACAGACAAAGGAAACACAUAUAUUAUAUAUAAACCUAAUCUCAUUAUAAGCUCAUUAGCAGCAGCUUUACGGGUAGAUAUAUAAGAGCUUUGAACCAUGUAACAGAAACAAUACCCAUCAAAGAACCGCAAAAGAAAAACACAUAAAUAAAACUAACCUUCUUUGUGGCGUGAUUGAUACAGAAUUGAAGAAGAAGGGAGUUGCGCCGGCAGCUUGGUAAAUUGGGAGUCUCCGAUAGGGUUUAGUUAUAACCACAGAGAUGUAUAUAGGGUUUAAUAUACCCGGCUGAAGAAUAAGUACGCGCGCAAAAUUGUUUACGCGUCAAACUAAUAUAAAUUAAUAUACAAGUGAGUAAAUUAAUUAACAAUUAUCAAUAAUUAUGUAAUUUUAUUAUAAUUAGUAAAUUCUUGUGGAAUUCAUUUGGAAAUUCCAUCUCAAUUCCACGGAAUUGCUAUAACUAGCUCCAAUUCCGUAGAAUUCAAAUUUUAGAAUUGAAAAUGAAUUCUUUUAUAUACCAAACACAAAAAAAAUUCAUUUCAAAAUGAAUUCCUCAAAACUUAUGGAAUUCAUUUAUACCAAACGGUAUGUUAAUCCUUUUGUCAUUCCAACCGAUCGAGCAAGCAAGCAUGAGAACUAAAUUAAGGAUUGAGGAUUGAGAAUUUUAGGUUUUUGAUUGGCAUAAGUACAUUUUAACCAUAUUUCUUUUUUAAAUUACGCUUUUUGCGAAUAAUGAUUUACAAACUAACCCUUCUUUUUUUUUUAUGUAUAUGAUAAAAUAGUUUGAUAGGGCGGGUUUGGAUAUGAUAUGGGGCGGGGAGUCUAAAACCAUACUCACUCCAUCUUCGUCAAGCUCUUUACGGGUUUUACCCAUACUCGGCCGCCUCAUUGCCAGUCAAUUCCCACGUUGACUGGGUCGGAGGCGGUUGGGUACCCACGGCCAUGAGUUUCAUUGCCAUCUCCAUAAUCAAGUGACUAAGAACCCACUAGUCAUGAGAUCCGCUCUCCUUAUCGUUCCAUCUCCUCAUUUUAGUUUUUUCUAAAAGAAUUUACAAAUUCUCAGUUUGUUUCUUUCAUCCUUUUUAUUGGAGUCGUACCAUAAAAUUGAACUCUAUGUGAGAGAGAAAAAGAAAUUCGAUUUGAUAAAAAAAAAACAAACAAGCAAUUGCCCUCUACAUUGCAAAGUAAAUACCAAUGGUAGAAGAUGUGAACCAAACCAAAAACAAGUGUCCAAAGUAAAAGUUACUUUCAUAACGGUAAUCACCAAUUCACAAUGCAACCCUAUCUAGCCGUACCCACAACGACAUAAAACUUUGUUUUUUCCCACCAAAUUGCAUGCUUAGCAACAACAACUAGUCUCAAUCAAUCAUAAAUCAUCCACAAUUUCUUUGGUAAUUAAUUUAAGCGAUGAAUUCAAGUAUCCACCUUCAGUAUCCAUUGUAUUAAAACCAGGCAACCCCCCUCCAUUUUUAACGAUCAUAGCUAUACUUCGUCGAAGGAAACUACACUCGCUGGCGGGACUAUCUUGGAGACGUUGGGGUUUUAUUUUUGUUUUUCCCUGUCAGUGUCGUGUCUUUGCUCCUCGGAGCUUCUUCAGAGCUGCCCAAGUAGUGGUUUAACAAGCUCUUUCAUCGUAGUCUGGUUGCAUACGGACUAUCGUAGUCGGUCUUGUAAUCGUGUCGAGUCUUUGUCCCAUGCCGUCGUUUAGCCUGACCUCGGAGAGGCACUUCAUCGACGCUUUGGACGUCAGCGAUGCCAUCUCCGUGUGCGAGAUGAAACGCGAGUGGGAAGACUACUUCACCAUGAGCGACUGGUUCCACUCCAUCGUCUCCUACAUCCUCACUCCGGCGCCGCGGCCUCCUCCGUCCGGCGAGGUCCACGAGCUCAUCGUCUAUGGCGUCUCCAUCCGUGGCGCCAAGCUGCUGGAGCUCGCUAAAGACCUCCACAGGUAAACCCAUUUUUUCAUCAUCCAAAUUGAUCCAAGGAGCAAACCAUGCACCCCUUAUAUUAAGUAUUAAGUAGGACGAUUUCACUUGACCCGAAUUCGAACGGAAUUUCAAGUAGAGGUGACAAAUAGAGUGGAUUUAUAGAUUGAUGGAUUUAAUUGGUGAAUCUAUAGACAGGUGGAUUGGAUCAUAGAUCUAAGUGACAUCUGAAUAUUAAACUAAUAUGUACAUUUUGAAAAAUUUAGAUACCAAAACGUAAUUUUUCAAUGAUAUUUUCAUUAAAAAUGAAAUUUAGGU